CUGACGCCAUUUCCUGGGCUGGACUCACGCAUGCCCAAGGCUGGAGAAGGGAUUUGGAUAAUUUCAUGCUGGAGGAGACCCGGCUCGGUGCGAGGACGCGGCUGCAAUUUCGUGUCAGUUUCAGCAAUUGAUCCGCGCCGCUCCUCGAUACAUUGUAUCGGGCGCCUGUUACAUUAAUUCCCAUUUCACUCCCUUCCUCCCCACCCCCACCAUCUCUUUCUCUCUCUCUCUCCAAGUGAUCAGAGAGGGAGAAGGAGGGAGAUGUUGGGCUUCUUGCGACGGACUCUCGGGCGUCGGACGGUGCGCCGACACACCGACAAGGAAAAACAGAGAGAGUCGCAGCGCUCUGGGACUCACAUCCCGGCGGCCGGCGACAGCAGGUCAAUAAUAACCUGCAGAGUCUCGCUGCUGGACGGCAGCGAUGUCAGCGUCGAGUUACCGAAAAAAGCUAAAGGCCAGGAAUUGUUUGAGCAAAUCAUGUACCAUCUUGACAUCAUUGAGAAAGAUUACUUUGGCCUGCGAUUCAUGGACUCUGCCCAAGUAGCGCACUGGUUGGACAACACCAAGAGCAUCAAGAAGCAAGUGAAAAUUGGCCCACCGUACUGUCUUCAUCUCCGGGUUAAAUUUUACUCGUCGGAGCCGAACAAUCUCCAUGAAGAAUUAACCAGAUACUUGUUUGUGCUACAGUUAAAGCAAGAUAUUCUGAGUGGCAAGUUAGAAUGCCCGUCCGACACGUCGGUGCAGCUGUCAGCAUAUGCCGUUCAAGCUGAAAUGGGUGACUGCGAUCCUUCGGACCAUGGACCCGACUUGGUGUCCGAAUUCCGAUUUGUGCCAAAUCAGGGCGAGGAGAUGGAGUUUGCGAUCUUUGAGAAGUGGAAGGAAUGCAGAGGGCAGACACCAUCUCAAGCAGAAAUCAACUACCUCAACAAAGCCAAGUGGCUGGAGAUGUAUGGAGUUGACAUGCACAAAGUCAAGGGAAGAGAUGGAAACGAAUACAGCUUGGGUCUGACCCCAACGGGAGUGCUGGUCUUUGAAGGAGAAACCAAGAUUGGACUUUUCUUCUGGCCUAAAAUCAUCAAAUUGGAAUUUAAGAAGAGCAAGCUCACUCUUGUGGUCGUGGAGGAUGAUGAGCAGGGUAAGGAGCAAGAGCACACCUUUGUAUUCCGACUGGACCAUCCCAAGGCCUGCAAACACCUCUGGAAGUGCGCUGUGGAGCAUCAUGCUUUUUUCCGAUUGAGGGGACCUGUCCAAAAGAAUUCCACCCAACUGCCAUUUGUGCGGAUGGGAUCCCGCUUCAGAUACAGUGGCAGAACGGAGUACCAGACCACUAAAACCAACAAACCACGGCGGCAAGUGUCCUUUGAACGUAGACCAAGCAGACGUUAUUCAAGAAGGUCGACACAGCAUCGAGCCAACCCUUUCAACAAAAACUUGGAGCCAAGUUUGCUCUUUAACACAGCAAGCCAGAAACUUGCCUCUCAGACCGUAACUAUGAGACCGAUGAUCCCUGUUGUGACUGCAUUGCCCAGUGAACCUGUGCCAAUUGAAAUAGAAAAUCUUCCCAGAAGCCCGGGACUCAAUCAAUCUGAGAAGAGGAGCCUGCAGAUCGCGGACUUGUUGGACACCAAAGAGCUGGUGGAGACUUCAGUGGAUGAGGCCAUCGGAGUUCCUGUUACCAUGACAGCGCCAAGAAUCUCAGAAGAGUCCGUUCAAAGUUUGACCUCUGCCGGGACGUAUGAGAGUGCACGUGCAAAACCAGAUUCAACUGCACUGGAUGAAGUGGUGGCAAGACUGAAGCAACUCCAGAUAGAGAGCAGUCCUGUGGCUGUGAGGAGGCCUGAGAUGAGCUUUACGGCAAACACCAGUAGCCAGGAAGAGAUUGUGAAGCCAUGGGACCUGUGCCUGAAGAGUGCCGCAGUUACCAGUUGCGUUGGGCUUCCUGAAGAUGUGAAAGGCAACUUUUUGAAAGCACAGGUGGUUCAAAAUGAUGCUGGAAUGAAUGUUAACAAUUCUAAUCCAUUUGAUGCAGAAUUCAGGAGCUUGGGAGUCACAGACACUAUCAUAUUGCCGAGCAGAAUCCCCAACUGGCCAGGAGCUGGAGACCUAUGGAGAAACAUGCCAGCCUGCAGCCUCUUCACCACCGAUGAUCGACAUGAGGAGGAUACGGGUCCAAACUGUGACGUUCCAACCAGUCCUUCUGAUUUUGCAACAACCGAAUCAACCAGUGAUUUCCCUGCUCUAAAGGAUGUUGCUGAAGAUCUGGACAACCUGCUGUCAGCACUCAGUGAGAAUCUGAUCGACUUCACUGAUCCCGGCUCACUGGGAGGGGUCAUUGCAAAUGGAGUUUUCAAUCGUGAAGCCUCUUCUGCCAUGAAGGCAGUAAAAGCAGUUCCUGAGCCUACACUUUUUCCCAUUCCAUCUUCUACCACAGCUUCGAGCUCAUUGGGUUCAACAUUAUCCAGCAGCAUCUCCACGGAGAGGACGGUGAGGCCGAAGGGGCUGUUGACGACGGAGUUGUGAAAACUGUGCAAGGAUUGCCUUUGUCCUGAGUAGGAAACGACAAGGCAGAUGUUCAGCUGCCAGCCCUUGAGACCCUCUGCAAGGCGUAACCCGGACACCCCGAUACCCUCCUCUUGUGCAAGAUUCCAGCUCCUCUCCUCCGUUCAGGUGCACCAGAAGAAGGAGCAGAACGUCGUCUGGGUGGGGCCUUGCUUCAUCAGCCCACGUCAAGCUUAAUAAAAAAACAAUGGGUAUUUUUUCCUGAGACAGAGAAUGUAAAUUCCUCUAAGCUGCUGGCGAAUUAAGAACACUGGAGAAACAGAAAUAUCCAAAGCAGGCAUCAAAACUGGAACAGCCACAAUCAUUUGAUCUCGAGAGAAACAUAGAUACAAUCCUCCUGGUUGGAGAUAACUUUGCGUUGACUACUGAUCCUAAAAGGGGAACUACUGUCAGAUGCUGGAAUGACAUUCAAGGGUCAUCAUGAGAUGCGGACAGAGAACUAGACCUGGUGGAAAAGGAGAGUAGGGAUCACACCGCAGAUGUUCUAGCUUCAGCUCUUCAAUGCAAACUAACCUAUUAUGGCUUUCCACUGGGGCCAAUGGACGUCACGAUCAUCCAUGAACUAUUUGGGAUGUCAUUUUGUUGCGAACAAUCAACACUUCAACAUGUUAUCCAGAUACUCUGCAACCAACCUCUGGAGGCUUUGCCUUCAAACCCAGAGCAUUGGUAUGGAGGUGGAGGCUGUUUCGGGAAUGGAAAUAUGCCACCACCAUAGGAUUACACUGAUUGUCCUGAUGCACAGUGGUUUUCAACAACUUUCCAAGGUUGUACCUAUGGAUCGGGGCCCUUUCAAAGGGCACCAGCCUAAUCAUAUGUAAGAUUUAUGUGUUUGAUAAUUGCUUCUAUGUCAAUGCAAAGUGUUCAGAGCCAGUAAAUAUGUGGAUCAUCCUGGGAAGGUAUCUGGAAGAGGUGAAUGGUUCCAGCUGGGAUCCUUCGUAAGGUGCCUCACACUCGACAAAUAGUGGCCAACAUGAAGAAGACUAAAAAAGAAUUCUCACUGUGACUGGAAGAUUUCAGCCUAUAAUAGUUGGAAUAUCAUGAUAUCUGUUGAACCAAUUCCUCAUAGUUUUUCUUUCCCCCUUAACCGUGUAUAUUCUCCUUAUGGUCUCUCUCCUCGACUCCCUCCCUUGGAUGACUCACCAAACCCUUCUCCCCCCAAAA